UCCAUUUUGAACGAGUGCAUUAUAUUUACAAUUGAGGAAAGGCAAAGAUUAUUCACAUUUUCUGGACUAUGUUUGAUGGUUAUUCAACUUUCCGUAUUGUAAGGUUAAGUUUUAACAGUUGCACGAAUUAAUUAAACCGAUCUACCUGUAAUUACAGGUAAACGACUUCAAAUGUUUGUCAGUUGAAAUUUAAACAAUGUUUACAUUGAAUAAACCAGGAAAUGAGUAUUUAUAACUCAUAAAUAUGUGUUAUUUAAUGAAGAGCUGUGCUCUGUUACUUGUUUGUGUGACUCUUUGGUAUGUUACACCUGGAGAAGGUCAAAUAACGCCACCGCCACCAAGUAAAAUACCUUUUGAAGCCAAUGGCAGAUUGUAUAACAUAUUCUAUGUGCCGGAACAUUGCAAGGAUCCAUUCGUUAUGGUCCAGGAGGACGUCAAAGGUGGUGUUGUGAUCAGAAACAAAGAACGGAAGGUACUUAUGAAAAAGUAUGGACCGUAUCACAUACAGGGAAAUCUGGAGCUCGAGCCUCAGGCUUGUAUGGUGAUAAUGCCGGGGGUAAAGAUGUACUUCGAUCCAGGCUUUGGCAUCAUUGUAAACGGGACGCUCAUUGCAAGGGGCAGCUACAUUGAAGACGGCAGGAUUUUAAUGACUAAGAACCCAAACGCGACUGAUUAUGUUGGCCCAAACAGUCCCUGGCCUACCGAUGCCCGACUAGUUGAUGGGAAUACAACGCGGGAUGGGCGACUUGACUUGCUCCAUCAGGGCACAUGGAGAGGUGUCUGUACCAACUAUAACAAUUUUACUGCCAUAGACCUCAAUGUGACUUGCCGACAUCUAGGCUUUGUGUAUGGUAACUUUACCUACCAUUCAUUCUCACGUAACGAGACGGACUACAUGCUGUAUGAAAAACCUUCAUGCCGUGGAGAUGAAAACAGUCUCUUUGCCUGCCCAGGGGCUGUCAACAUCAAGUUUGGGAAAGCAAUUUGUGAUGGACAGCAGGUGAUAGGCUUCCAGUGUGCUGGCUUGCGUCCCGACUUGGCCAAGGACCACUGGCGAGGGAUCGAAAUAUACAACGCAACAGUGGAGCAAAUAUACGACACACAAGAACGUCUUAGAUAUAACAAAACAUACACUUUCCUUGAGUAUCUGGACAUAGAAUAUGCUGGGCUAGACAUCUUCCAAGGGGACGGAAUGCGUCGUGGAUUUGCAUCCAUCAGUGCUAGUCCCUUUGUUCCCAUCAUGAACAAUAUAACAGUGUCACAUGGUGCGUACGAUGGGCUGAAUCUAACGGACAUCAGGGGUGACAUACAUAUGGCGAAUUCAACUGUGUCACAUAACAGAGGACAUGGCGUGUUCAUAAAAACCGCUGUAGGUCGUACGUUGAUCAACAUGACUGACAUUCAAUACAACUGGGGAGAUGGACUGAAAAUGUACAUGGCCAACUACACUAUUGACGAGUUCAAUCGGAACUUCCCGUCCUCGACUGCAUUCUGCCGAUUAUCCUCUCAGACUUUCUCGAGUUUCCCGAUUCUUCUGCACCAGGACCUGAUAAGCCCAGUUGGAGAUAAACCUGUUGGGGAUGAAUGCUCCUUGAGUUUCCGCACGGCAGAUAAGAAAGUCAUAACACUGCACACUUUGAUCAUGGAGAGAGACCCUGAAGCCAGUGGGCUUAUCUCCAUACAUGAAGGAAGCAGAUUUGGUGAAAAGAUCUACCACUUCCAAAUCAACAAUGGCACAUUUCCCCAAUCCAUCACAACAAAAACGGACCAGAUCUACAUCCACUUCAACUACAUCGUUCCAGAUAAACCACCGUCGGAAAUUGAUCCAACUAAGCGAUGCAAACACCAGAGGUCAUGUAUCCGCUUCCUGUUUGAACUCACAACAGACUAUGGUCCUGACACAGAAUUGCGUCUUUAUAAUGCUUCGGUGUCAAACAACACCGGUUAUGGAGUCAACAUUCAAGAAGUGAGAUCCAAAGUUUCGAUUAACUCUUCAGUAAUCUCAGACAAUGGUUAUGGCGCAGGUUUGCGUGUUUACCAAGGUGCCGCUGAAGUGGCUAUAAAUAGCACAAAGAUUGAACGCAACAUGAAAGCCGGUGUAAAUAUCACAUACUCUGGAGGUUACCAGCUUGUCAAUGUGUCAACCAUUUCUGAAAACUAUGGCUACGGUAUCAUUACUGAAUAUUUGUUGCUGAAUAGGACGAGAAUUGAACUUGUGCAAAAAAUAGAGGUUGUCCGGUCAGUUUUCAUGUUAAAUGAGUGGACAGCGUUUAGAAUCGGCAACUACUGCCUAGGUGGUCAUUAUCUUUUUAAUGAAAGUUACUUUGGAAUGAACAAACAUGAAGCUAUUGAAUAUUUAUCGUGCAACAUCUCUACAACCCAAAACACUAAUUUUAGCAUGGCGUACAAUGAGUUCAUUGAAAACAAGCGCCAUGCUGUACUAAUUUCACCUCUUGUUAAUACUGUGGGAAUCUUUACGAAUAACACAUUCAAACGUCAUAAACUUGGAGUGCUAAGACUUGAUAAUGGAUAUGACUUUAUUGAAAAUCGGUGGUAUAAAGAAUUUGAAGUUGGCUACAAAAUUUAUGAAAACAAAUUCUCAGAAAACACUGGCCGCUAUGUGGUGAAUUUUAGACUUUCAGAACCUUGCUUAAAACAUAAAAUUGAAUUCAAAUUUAACACCUUAGUAGAAAACACAAUUGUGGAUCCUUUUGUUGGUUUAAAUCCUAGGAGCAACGCGGAUGCAGUGAUUGUUGUUUCAUCAGGCAAUGUAUUUGUUCAAAGAAACUACAUAAACAAUCCAAACUCAGUACGGGACAUAGCAACCCACUUAGUUGAUCCAUCAGUGAUAAUCCUGGCAAACUACAACUGGUGGGGCACUUAUGAGCACAAAGAUAUAUACCCAAAAAUAUUUGAUCAGAAUAAUCGCUUUAAUCUGGCUGAAAUAAAGUAUCAUCCAGUAUUGAUGGAAAGUUGGUUAUAUGGCCCAUACGAUACCAGCCAUUUGCCGGAGUUCCGUUGGCCCUUCGAAAGAAAUAACAGAAUUGGAGGCGUUUUGGAGGGAUACUUCAAGACAAGUGAAAAUCGUAACUAUUACAUUGUUGACAGAGAUAUCAUCAUCCUAAAGGAUGCGUUCUUGGAGAUUCGGCCUGGAACAACGCUGGAAUUUAUGCCCUCUAUUGGUAUGGUGAUACACGGGCGCCUUAAAGCAGACGGAGUUGACCAGAAAUUUGGUACAGUUAAAGAAAUAAAGUUCAAGCUUUAUGAGGCAGAUUUUCUUCCUAUGGUGAACCGAACAUCAUACGAAUACAUCCGCCUGGUUGACGGGGCGACAGAGUUUGAGGGGCGUCUGGAAUUAAACUUCACCGGGGAAUUUGGAACAGUCUGUAGUGAGGGCUGGACAGAGCAGAAUUCUGCUCUUGCGUGCCAACAGCUGGGCCUCACAUUCAACCCAGAGUAUGGAACCCCAUCGCAAAUCAUGUUCCCGUCCCCCUCAGUGCCGAUCCUCAUGAGCCACGUGUCAUGUGACCAACUUGACACGGACAUGCGCGAGUGCCGGGCGUUACAUGAGGGUGAAUUUGUGUGCGACCACACCAAGGAUGUAUUUCUGCGUUGUCAGCCACCAACCUGGUCGGGUAUAACCAUGACUGCCCAGAGACGUUAUGGGACGAGACAGACAGAGGAGACCCAGAUUCGUUAUGUCACUAUCGAGAAGGCUGGGCUACUUGAUUUCGUUGAAAUGUCAUACACUCCGGGACUGCGUAUUGAUUACAACUUCUACAAGAUAUCCUAUUUGACAAUCAGAGACUGUGUGUCAGAUGGAAUAAACAUCAAGUAUGCCAACCCAUUCAGCAAAAGUUUAAUUGAAAAGGUCACAGUUGAGAAUAGUCUCGGAAAUGGGAUUCUAACCCGCAGCCCUUUUUUGGAGCUCUCCCAUUUAACCUUGACAAACAAUGCCAAAGCUGGCUUCGUAUACGAUCCAAUGUUCACGGAGUAUGAAGCUUUAAGCGUUCGAAACUUCAUUGGCAGGGGUGUAACUGAGGUCCUUACAGACCUUUCUAAUAUUCAACUAAGCAAUCAAGAAAUGAAAUUCCUCAUAACCACGCAAACAACCGAGGAUAAAACAUACACAAUUCAGAUCAGCACCGCAGAUCAGUAUUCACAAGUUGUGGUGCAGGUUUUGGACUAUAACCCGCAAACUGACAAGGAGAAAGUUGUGUUUUACCAGUCGGACAGAAAUAAUUGGGCUUCAGCUACCAAGUCCUGGUCGAUAGAAGAGGAUCUGGUUGAUUUUCCGCUGCUGUCAAAAUCUCAGUAUCUCACAAUUCGCUAUACAGUCCGGGGGACAAGAUCUGGCAGACUGGCAUUGGCCAUAAUCUCAAAUGGUUUCAGAGAAACCUACGAUUCCAACAUUAUAGUGUACAACGCAACCAUUAAGAACAACGAAAGGGGCGUAAUGACAAAACACUACAAUAACCCAUCUAACGAGAAAAUGGAGAUAUUUCACAGAGCAAAGAAGGAACUCAUUCGCUUUGAGUAUCUUAGGAUAGAAGGAAGCCGGGAAGAAGCCAUGUUUAUUCCAAGUUUGACGAAAUAUCACGAAAAUUUUAUUCCGACUAUGGAAGAAAUGACAAGAGCGGAGAAAGUCGGAGAAAUAAAGUAUGAAAUUGUCAAUACGAAGAUCAUUAACAACAAGAAAGGCAUACAUGCAGAACACAAUCAUGUAGAUUUUGCGAAUAAUGUAUGGAAGUGGAAUAUUUCUAACGUGGAAAUCACUUUAUGUGAAAGUGGCGGGUUUAUAGUAGAGCUACCAAGAGUUAAUGAUUUAUACGAGAGGCAGAUACAUGCGGUAAAUAUUGAAAAAACCAAUGUAUUCAAUAACAAGCGGUUUGGUUUUGGAGUAAUUGGGUACUUCGCAGAUGUUAGAAUAGUUUCCAACUCAAUUCAUGAUAAUGAAUGUCUGAACGGUUUAGUGACUCUGUCCGGAAUGGAGAAAGAUAUUUAUUUCUAUGACAACCGACUGGAAAACAAUAGAAACUGCAAAUAUGCCCUUGACUUUAAUCUUAUGAGUCAUUCUGAAUAUAAAUCAAAUGUGUCAGGAUUGGUUAGUCGUAAUUAUAUUGUUGGGAAUACCCACAGUUAUGUAGCGCAAGGUCUUGGAACUACAAGUGUUCCAGUCACAUACGCAGUUGCGGUGAAAGGUGUGCAGAACAUUACAUUCAACAAGAAUGUCCUGGAUAACGGUCAGCUGCAAUAUGAAUUGGUAGCUGGUGUUACGUCUUUGAUUCUGGACAAUAAGUUAAAUGCAAAAGAGAACUACUGGGGAACUACUGACCAGUUUCUGAUCAAGAAGCGCAUAUUCGACUUUGAUGAUUGGAACAACUUUGCAAUAGCAGAAUAUUUCCCCUUCCUUGCGGUUCCGAAUCCAAUAGGAAAUUUGGCAACAGAUACUGAACUAGUGAUUGAGCUUGACCUGAACCAUCUUGGUGGCCGUAUUGAAGAAGAUUACACCAUUCCAGCGCGGUCACAGCCAUACAUCGUCUACUCGGAUAUCACUGUAAUGCCAGGAGUUAAAUUUACCAUACCUCCAGGGACUGAGCUGCAGUUUUAUCCAAAUGUUGGAAUUCUCGUGUUAGGCCAAUUGAUCGCAACUGGAGCUCCGUACAGUAGAAUAAAGUUUACGCCAGCAAGACCUGAUUCCACAAACGUACGCGCUAAACGCCAAGCGCCGUAUCAUCCUGAAUCGUUAACAGCAUCGGACAUACACUUUGUAGGAGGGCAGAACGACUAUGAAGGAUUUCUAGAGCUGUAUAAUGCAUCUUCGCGGUCAUGGAAUAUCAUGUGUGAUAGUCAGUUCAAUGAGAAAACGGCUGAAGUUGUUUGCAGGUCACUUGGUUUGGAAACUGUGAAUGUUGAUGUCAGAUUCACGCCGCUGUAUGAUUUCUUUGUGUAUGGCAAACCCAUGUACUUCCUUAAAGAGUUCUGGACAUAUUCAUACUAUUGCAAAGGUAAUGAGGAUUCAUUGGACUAUUGCAUGAAAAGAAUCAAUUAUAACAUUAAACCCUGCAUAUUUGCCGGCAAUUUCACAUUCAUUCGAUGUGGUCUCCGAAAUCUACCAGCUCCUUUGGAAUAUUGGGGUAAUAUUAGAUUUGCUCCAUCGGAAUAUGAAGAAGAGAUUUACCCCUUUAUUGAUGAACAGGAAAGAUCAAGAUUGCAAUAUGUUGAUAUCGACGGGGCUGGUAUGCUUCAUGGUGAGAAAGCUGGAGCUAUCCAAACCACUUACGUUAAUCCCAUUUUAGAUCAUAUCAACAUUACGCGCUGCGUCUUAAAUGGAAUCGACCUCGUUGCCCCAAGACAUGAUAUUGAUAUUGAGCACCAGAAUGUUUCGGGCAAUCUAGGAUAUGCCAUCAACUUCCUAGUGCUAAACGGAGACUCCAUGGCUUCGCCAGUAUCAUCGUUUCAUCCUUUAGUCACUAACACUGUGCCUUAUAAUUUGUACGGACUAGUCGACAUUUGUAAAAUGGAAAAAGUGAUAACUGUUGAAAACAGACUGGUUUUGUUUUACAAAUACUCUCCGUCUUCAAUGGACUGCGUUAAAAUUAUUCGCGGUUUUAGUUCGCAGGUUGGACCGAAACCAGUCGCACUGCGAUUUCUUCAAUUCCAUUUGUACCAAGACGAUUUCUACAGGAAUUUGAUUGAAAUAUUUGAUGGUGGUGAAAUAACAGUGGACAACAAUUUAGUGACGCUGACGGCCAAUAGCUCUCAGGAGGAAAUCAAGACCCAGUUCAGAAGCUCGGGUAGUUACCUUACAAUCCACAUUCAUGCGUCACCUUCGUACGGUUUCUAUGGAUUCGUGGCAGAGGUUGUCACUCUUCCGAUGUCUGGCCUCACUUAUCCAGAUGAUGACAUAAAGCAUCGUGUGAGAAACGUUAUAAUGAAGGGUAAUGAGGAUGGCGCUCUGAUGUACAUGAAUGUUGGCGAUAUCACGCCUUCUGUGUACAUAGACCAUUGCUGGAUUGAGGGCAAUGGAGUUGGAAUUCUGAAUCUAACCUCCCCACCUAUCAUUGACGUUGGACUACAAUCCACCAGAGAGUUUAAUCUGCAGAACAGUUUCAUCGCAAGAAACAAAGGCGGAACCUACAUACGCGCUACGACGCCAUCGGCAGCUACUAAACUUCGCGCAAAUAUAACAAACAACGUUUUUGCUCACGGGACACACGGCGAAGUUUUGAAUCUUACUGGUCACCAUUAUGAGAAAUUAUUUCUGUAUGAGAAUUACAUCUACAACAACUCUGCUGGUGAUUAUAGGGACAUUAUACAUGUUCAGAACGUUGUUGUCAAUUUUACGUUCAACACUGUCACCAACAAUACUGGGCAUUACAUUGUUCGGUUGUACAACAAGGAGAAUACAGAGGCCACCCAGGAAUACACAAAAAGUCUCUUUUACGGAAACAACGCCACGGCGGUAUAUAGAGCGUUGUUCCAUGUUGGAAGCGGAAAUCCAAAAAUCAACAACAACUAUAUGGUCAACACAGAGUGUGAUUUUGAGCUGGAAACCAACCCUGUCAACAAGUUACCCAAUGGCCAACCAGGCAACGCGGCGCCGAUAGAUGCACGGGAAAACUGGUGGGGCUCUUACAGCACGGGGUACGUGAACGGGAAAAUCUGGGAUAGGCUGGACAAUGAUUCUCUCGUUGCGGUCACAUUUAUGCCAAUGAAGGUUAACAAUGAAUCGCUUGUCUACGGUAAAUGCGCGCCUGGCUGGUACCUUGAGGAUGACCGAUGUUACAAGUACAUGGGGGCUGCGCUGCCUUACAAAGAGGCUAAUGACUUCUGCAUUGAAAAUGGCGGGUUUUUGGCGGACGCAAAAGGAAAACAUGAUUUUUUCCGGCGCUACCUACGACUGAUAAUGAAUGUUUACGCGGAGACGAAGCGAGUCUGGGUGUACUCGGAGGUGACCAGUGGCCGAUGUAGCGCCUUCGAGAAGAAUUAUGUGGUUGAAGAGUAUGACUGCUUCUAUGUAAUGCACCCCUUCCUGUGUGAGAAAGAUCCCUAUAUCCAACCACCGGGAGCGUCUAUCUACACUGCAGUGAUCGCCAUUGGUGCAUCGAUCGGCGCGGUCGCCAUCAUAGCCAUUUGCAUCCUUGUUAUUCUGUGGCGGGUGAAGUCCACUAAGCGUAAAGAUGAGAGGUUUGAACGUCAGGCGUCUAUACGUUCCUCGAUUAAGGGCUCAACGAUCAAGACUCGGUCCCAAUAUUCACUGUCUUCUUCCAAGUUCCUCUACGAUCAAAGAUCAUUGGCUGCCUCACAGAUCAGCAUUGGGGGAAUAACUGAGGACGAAACUUCAACCGACCCCCAUGAAACAAGGCGUCGAUUACGCCAACGCGCUGAAAUCGCUCGUGGUCGCCAAGACAACGAGUCGCCUAGAUAUGAUAGACAUGACUUCACAAACGGCAACGCUAAGGGAAGGCAGCCUUAUAGAAGCAGAGAAUUUAGUGAGGCGAGUGAAACUGACUAUGAAUAUGAGAAAAAGCGGGAAGCGGAAAGGGAUCGACCACGUAGAAGGGCGGAAGAAGAACGCAGACAUCAUACCAACGGAGGAUAUAAACAUUCAGAUGAGAGCCAUGAUCAUGAACAGGACAGUGACGAUGAUGUGAAGGUGCCUUUUGGUGAUAGCGAUGAUGACACUGCAAAAAAUAGUUUUACUCCUGUUAAAUUUAAGCGAGGUGUUGAAAAAGAACUUGAUUCUAUACAAAUGAACGGAAGUGGAAAUGUGCAGUACAUCAAACAAGAUGAUACAGGCAGUGUCGAUUUAAGUGGUGGGCGGCAUUUGUCCAGGUCCAUGUCAAGUUUCAGUGCCCAUGAUGCUCAACAAAGCAGUCCUUCAAGGUCCGGAAGCGAAGACAGCAAUAUUGAUACCCCAGCCCCUCCCCUUCCGAUGGCGAUGAACAUUCCUGCCAAAAUCAAAACGCCUAAAGAACCGAAGCCUGUCCCUAAGCCAGUCCCUUUACCAAGAGCAAGGCCGCUGCCAUCGGCAAGGUCAUACGGGAGCAAAGAGGAUUUGUCUUCUCCUCGAGAACCUAAGUUAAAUAACUUAAGCCAAGAUGAAGCAAGUGAUUAUAGAGGAAGUCGAGAACGACUUGACAAUACUGACUCAUAUAUGGCCAGAAAGCCACCAAGUUACUUGCCUCAAACGAAGCCAAUGAGUCGGAGUCGUGAAAAACUGGAUGAAUACCAGCCUAGCGUACAACUUCCACCAAGCGUAGAUGCAGGUGUAGACUUCUUACCACGCCGGCCAAACAACCAGCAAGGCUAUGAUCCAGAUAGAGAGUCCCCGAUGUUACAUAGCAGUCGGGAAAAUCUGCUUCCGAAACGCCAGGACAGUGACAAUGUGAAACCUACUACCAUUCCAGCCUAUGAGCCUUUGCGGGCGACCGAUUAUCCUUCCGAUUAUUAUGGACAACCACAGGCUCCAAGAUACCCAAAUCAGAACAUCGCUCCAGGCGUGGAUUACAUGGGUAAUAGAGCACCGCAAAACAACAACUACAAUGAUUUGGCUCCUGGUACCGACUAUCUGCCACAGAGUAUGGGUAUGCCCAUGAAAAACCGACACAUGAUUGGUCAACGUCCAAGUGUUGGAACAUCGAAUUCAGACUAUGAAUCAUAUGACGGUGGACAACAUGCCCCACCGCCCUCUGCGGGUCCAAGACUGGUUGAUACCACACCUGGUUACUAUGACUACUCGCAACAACCACAAAACUAUCCCACAAGCAUGCCUCCUGAGAGUGGCACAGAUUAUAUGCCGCGAAAUCAAUACAACCCGUCACCUCAACAGGGCUACAUGGCAAGGUCACGUGAUAACGUAUCAAGGUCACGCGAUAACGUGUCAAGGUCAAGGGAAAAUUUAUCAAGGCCACGUGAUAAUGUAUCAAGGUCACGCGAUAACGUGUCAAGGUCAAGGGAAAAUUUAUCAAGGCCACGUGAUAAUGUAUCAAGGUCUAGGGAAAAUCUGUCUCGUUCACGGGAAAAUAUCGAUAGGUCACGUGACAAUAUAAGCAGGUCGCGUGACAAUCUAAGAAGUGAAAGUGACUUUGCUCCCUACGCAGCAAACUACGAUGAUGGUAUGCGAGAGAAUUCUCGGGACUUUGAGAAACCACGGCAACAAAAAUCCAUUGAAACAGAAAUAUAGUUUACUUUUCAUCUUCCAACAUUCAUCAUUUCAACAGUGACAAUUUGUCUAUGCCACAUUUCAUUAAUUCCACAUUAGCACUGAAUGCACAGUGUAGUGUCUAAAUACAUAUCAUAAUAUUUUAUGAAUACGAUUUUAUUUUAUGCACUGUGUUAAUGACACAAUCUUUGUUUUAUUUAGUACAGUUAGACUGUCCACAUUACACUUGUUUUAUAUGUGCAAUUAUCCUUCUGUCCAAUCUAAUGAUUGUACAUAUCUCCAUUUGUAAAUAGUCUACCAUAUGUACAUUUUGUACCAUAGGGUUUAAGCCAUGUUUAAAACAGGACAGGGUGCUGCAAGGAGGGACAGGGUGCUGCAAGGAGGGACAGGAUGCUAAGGGAGAAAAAAUACAACAUUAUUUCCGGCUGUGAAGAUUUUCAACAUUAUAUAUUUAACAGACAAUGUAAGGAAUUACGUUUAAUUGAAGUUAUUCGGUUUUAACUGCUGAAUAUGUUUUUAGUUUUUAUCAGGUUUUAAGUUUUAAUCCAAACAAACGAAAUAGUUGUUAGUCUUAAACAUAUAAUUCUAUGAAUGUAAAAGAGUGCCCAUGCUGGUCUCCAUGAGGACAGAAGGUUGUUACUAAAAAUAGAAAGAGUGCAGCAUCCUUCAAUAAGUUUAAUUAAUACCAAAUGUUUGUAUUCUUAUAUUGUGAUAAUAGUGGUUGUGAAAACCCUCACACCUGUUAUGUAUUUUAAACUAUUUUAAAUAGUCUAUGACAGUGCUUCAAACCGCUUAGCUGUCCUGAAAAAUGCUCAAGCAAGAUACAUAUAUCAUAGUACUAAACAAUUAUCAAAAUUAUAUUGCAGUUAUUAAAAAUGCUUUAAAUGAUAAAGAUAUAAAGAAAUUUUGAUAUGAAAAUUAUUAAGAAAUAUACACAAAGCUAUAGAAAAUUCUAUAAUGAUAUGCAUUGGCCAUGGACCAUAGCCGUGAAAGCGUUACUUCAGUAAUAUUAAAACAAAAUGAUACAAUAACAUUUAGUAGUGAUCAAACGAGUAUAGAGAAAACUCACAUCGUCAUUUGUUUUCUGUUUUCGUGUAAGUACGGACAGCUGCAUAGUAUAUGAUGUUUUAAAUUAUUUCUGAGUAGUUUAAAACAAGUACUUUUGUAUAAUAUUUGUACUAUCUGGAAUGGUACUAUUAACUCGUUUUGAUGGCAUAAGUUUACUAAUAUUGUUUUACUUUUCAAUAAUUUUGAUUUCAUUUAUUGUAUUUGUUUGGUCUUUAUAUAACCAGGUAAUUCCAUUUUAAUUGAUAGACAUUUAUGUCUCUGUUAUAUUAAUAUUCAGUUUUUCUUGUAAUUUUCUCGUAAUUUUAUGCACUUCUAUCAUUCCAAAUAUUGUAAAUGAUUUAUUUUUAUACUUUAUUACAAUAAUUAAAUGUAU